CUUGACGGUAACACAUUCACAAAACAUCUCAGUGUUCAGUUUAAACAUCUACAUCACCAACAUACUACAGGAUGCAGUCUCUGCGUGCAGUGAGUGGUCAGUUCAGUCCAGCGGUGCGAUCAGUGGGGGUGUUCGGGUGGAGGGUGGAGAAGCUGAAAGCUGUUCCGUUGGACUCGAGCCAGCUGGGAGUUUUUUACACCGGGGACGCUUACCUGAUCCUCAACAACCAGCCGCACGCAGUGCACCUGCACAUGUGGAUGGGUGAGAAAUCUUCGGCUGACGAGCAGUGUGCAUGUGCAAUGCUGGCCACUCAGCUGGACCACUUCCUCGGGGGGGAACCGGUCCAACACCGAGAGACCCAGAGCCACGAGAGCGCUGAGUUCAUGGAGCUGUUCCCUAAAGGAGUCAGCUACAAGGAGGGUGGGGUGGAGUCUGGUUUUCGUAAGAAUCAGGCAGAUUCUGGUCCUGUUAGGCGUCUUUUUCAAGUCAAAGGAAAAAAGAACAUCCGAGUGAAGGAAGUGGAGCUGAACUGGACGAGCUUCAACCAAGGAGACUGUUUUAUUCUGGACCUGGGACCGGUCAUUGUCUCCUGGAGUGGCUCUAAAGCGAAUCUGUUUGAGAAGCAAAAAGUUCAAGAGAUUUCGGCUCUGAUUCGCGACUCGGAACGAAAUGGUAAAGCUCAGAUUAAACACCUCAGUGAAGGAGAAGAAUCACAGGAAAUGAUAGAGGUGCUCGGUCCAAUUCCAGCUCUACAAGAAGAUUCUACUGAAGAAGAUUAUGAGGCAGACAAAACCAACUCUGCUUCUCUGUACAGGGUUUCUGAUGUUACAGGCUGUAUGACUCUAAGCCUGCUGUGUGAUAAAGCUCCAUUUGACCAGACACUGCUGGACAGAAGCGACUGCUUUAUAUUGGACAAUGGAUCUAAUGGCAAGAUUUUCAUAUGGAAAGGCAGUGGAGCCAAUAUGGAGGAGAAGAGGGCGGCGCUGAAGGUGGCUGACGAAUUUAUCCAGCGGAUGAAGUACAGCAGGAAGACUCAGGUGGAGAUUCUUCCUCAGGGUCGUGAGUCCAUCCUUUUCAAGCAGUUCUUCAGAAGCUGGAGUUAAACACCCACAGGCGAGGUUUCCAUCCCAUCAGAAGGAUUUAUUGGAUUUGAAUGUGUUGAUCAGA